ACGGGCAGAGUUGACUCAGUGUAACAGGACACCGCCGUGCAGUCUGAGUCUGGACAAGAAAGCUGUGCCACAAAUACUCUGGCUAAAAAAGAGACGCUGUUUGAACACAAACCACUGCGAAGAAACAAGUUUGAGCCAACAUGGAGUUCUGCUUGAGGAUAGUUUUACUUCUUUUUCUCGUUUCUGGGACAUUAACACAAGAUGGCUUUGAUUUGGGGGACGCCCUCGGCCCAGAUCCCACUCCCAAACCUGUUGAUAAGCCACCAAAGAGUGGAGGAGGAGGAGGGGGAGGAGGUGGCUUUGAAUUGGAUUUGGGGGACGCUCUCGGCCCAGAUCCCACUCCCAAACCUACUGAAAAGCCACCAAAGAGUGGAGGAGGAGACGGCUUUGGACUUGAUUUGGAGGACGCUCUCGGCCCAGACCCCAAACCCAAACCGAAACCUGCUGAUGACCUACCAAAGAGUGGAGGAGGAGGAGGCGGUGGAAAUUUCGACGACUCGGACUUGUUUGGUGUUAGUGAUGGGGACUACAAGCCUGAAGGAGGAAAGAAGAGAGCAGGAGGUGCUGAGGACCCUGGCUACAACCAGGGUGGUGCUGAUCAACCACAAGAAGCCGGAGGCGGACAGAUCGCAGCGAUCGUCAGCGCCGUAGGAGUCGCUAUAAUGGGAGCAGCAUCCAGUUACUUUGCGUACCAGAAGAAGAAGCUGUGCUUCAAGAUUCAGGGAGGGCAAGAUCCAGAGAGCGGUAAAGGCUACAACGACAAUCAGUCUAAUCCUCAGUCUGAUCCUCAAGUGUUCAGCAACCUGCUCAGGACGUCUUAGACACCUCCUGCACACGCACAGGAAAAGUCAGUGGCCUUCUCUACAGAACUCAACUUCCAACUUUCAAUCAUCUGUCAUCUUCCAGUCAGACAUUCUCUGGGUCUUUGUGAUUUCUUCUAGUUUAAAUACAACCUAAUCCUGACACGUAAACUGUAAAUACAUUAGCUGUGUAUGAUUUCUUUAUUCGUAGCUAUCAGUGGAGCUGUGUUGGUGAUUUCAGUGGUUUUGCACAGAGCUUUGUGUUUGUGUGCUUCGUCUGUGUGUAACUACUGUACACAUGGUUUUGUUUCCCUUCCUAACUCCUACACUAGUAUCCUCAAAUAAGUGUGCUUAGUUUAACAUAGGUGCUACAUGGGUUUACUGCAUCAUGAAUGAGUUUUUUACAAAAGAUGCUCUGGUGUCAUGUUCCAAACUAAAAGUUCCCCCUGCAGCUGGCGUCUGAGAAGGAUUGAACAAAGCUUUAAGUGUGUUUGUGUCUGUUUGCCUCAGAAUAGAUGAUUAGUAUUUUUCUUUAGCACCUUAGAGGGUUUGUUCACCCGAUGUGUCCUAUUAAGUCAUUGUUUUAGUCUCCGCGAUUUCUGCCUCCAUUAUUGUUGUUUGUUUUUGUGAAAUGACCUCGUAAUGCACAGCUCAGAGUCAGCCUAAACCAUAUUCCACGACAAAUUAUAAAACAAGCAGAGGGGGUUUCGCCUGUACCAGAGUGGCUCACAUUGAAUUCAACAUAAUGUCCAUUUACAAAGCGAUGUUAAUGAAACUCAAGACUUCCUGCAGAUGCAGAUUUCAAAUUAAAAGCCUACCUGUCACAGGAAUAACGUCAUUCUUUGAGCUGCUGGGAGGCUUUUAAUUUGAAAUGUGGUGUUGAGUUUUAUUGACAGUACUUUAACAGUAAUUUAGAAAAUGUAAGCAAAAGCAUUAUUAAAUCAUUAUUUUCAGUGUAGUGGAAGUGCACAGCGUACUGAAUGUAACAAGAAAACCUGUAAACACAGAGGAAGUGCUGCAAACUCAGGAGGAAACGGCAUCAACAGCAGAUGAACUGCUUCAAGUCAUAGUUUGGUUAUUUGCAUUGCGGUUGUAUGAGGUAUUUAUCCAUAGUGAGUGUGUUUCCUCCAGUAGACAGCGGUCAGCACACCCCAGUUUGGAGAAGCAGACAGAAGUUCGGACGCGGAAGCAGAGCAAUGUCCUGCUGUGGACAGGGUCAGCAGCAAAACAUGUUUUAGCCCACCUAAAAAAAGUCCAAGUGUACGCUGUAUUCAGAAUAUUUUCAUGCUUUACCUUGCCGUCACACAGUCCUUCCUGAUGGGAAACUGAAGCAUGUUUAUCGCUCUCUUCGAAGCCACCAGGCAAAAAUGUAAUUUUUCCUUGCAGAAAACAGGAUUUGCUGUUCCACAACUGCCUCAAUCGCUUCCUUUGUUGAGGUUAUUGUGCGACUUUAACCUGCUAGUUCUGUUUAUAACUAUAAGUUAGUUGCUGCAGACUGUGGCAGCAGUAGACCAGCAGCUCCUGUCUUCUGCAAGGGAAAAUUACGUUUUUUAUCGAUGGAAGUCUGGUGGCUUUAUCGUGGACUGGUAUUACUGCUUCAGUUUCCCAUCAGAAAAGACUGUCUGACAGCAGGGUAAAGUCGUGAAAAUGUUGGAAAUAUAACAUAGACUGAUUUUUUUAGGUGGCUAAAAUGUUUUGCUGCUUGACCCCAUCUACAGCUGCACAUUGCUUGACUUCUCUGCUGGUCUUCCAGUCAGCUUCUACAAACUUGGGGUGUGCGACUGCCAUCUACUGCAGGCAGUACACUGACUGUGGAUCAUUCCCUCAUACAAGCACACUUCAAAUAUCCCCAACUAUCCCUUUAAACAUGGUCAAAUAAAGAAGGGAGAUUACAAAUAAAGGCCUGGUUCCCUCUGCUAUUUGAGAAUUUACAGUUUUUACAGCAUAGCACAAAGAUGUCUCAAAUUGCAUCGACAUAAUCAUCGUGUAACUGGAUUUAAAUCCAGUAGAAGGAGCUUUUUAAUACUAAUUCUGAUUGAUUGUGGUGAUGUGAGAAGAUUGAGGUUAUGAAUCUCAAAGCAUAAACUUACUACGUGUAUACAAUUUAGUAAUGUGUCAUAUAAGUGAUUGCUUAGCAGCUGUUAUAUAAAAGUGUAAUACAUACAAGCAUCAGCUUUUAGUUUGUGUGAGAUUGAUCUUAAUUUUGUGCACUGCCAAAGUCAUCUGUGUCUGAGUCCUGUUUUCUUAAAGCUGCACCAAUCAGAAGAAUAAAUUAAAAAUAUACCAGGUUAAAUGUGUUUUUACUGCCCCCUACUGGUCAAAAAAGAAUAAAUGUAGCUUUAAAACCAGUUACAAUGAUAUUUUUACCACACUGACAUUUGUUUUCUUGUUUUGAGAAAUUAGGAAUCAAUCAUAGACAAAGAUGACCUGACGAGACGGAGACUUGUGUAAUUAUUGGUUUUAUUAUUCAGCUUUCUUUCUGCUUGCUGUAGAAGAGCAGCAGCCAUGAAACGUGGGCAACACUCUGAUGCACUUUUAUCUGCAGUUAUGAUCCAUUAUGUUAUUCAUGCCAGACUCCUCGAGUGUCAUCAGUUUAUUCGAGUCACAAGUGAGCAUCGAAAGUGUCAUAAAAUCAGAACUAUUGCAUCAGGGGACUCUGGCUGGAGAACUGUUGUUAUUGCUGAAAUAUUAAAAUGAGUUGCACCCUCAUGAGCUGUAAAUACUUGAGAGUAAUGUGUAUAGAUCCCUGCUGAUUUUUGCUUUAGGCUUGAUGCUGCAUUGUGCUUUGAGCAUUUCUGUGUCGACGACUAUGAUCAAUUUCAAGUGUAUUUUUGUAUCUCAGAUUUACAAGCAUAGACUUAAUCCAGGUAUAUUGGAUCUGAUGAUUGGAUCAAUGUUACUUCUGUGAGUAGAUUUAAAGUGUGUGUACAUGUUUUCAAUAAAGUUGUGUUGUACAGUU